AUGGCGGAUGACAAGGAUUCUCUGCCCAAGCUUAAGGACCUGACAUUUCUCAAGAAGCAGCUGGAGCGCCUACAGAAGCGUGUGGAGGAUGAAGUCAACACUGGUGUAGGCCAGCUCCAGAAUUUGGGGAUAAUCUUUGGAGAAAAGAGCACAGCUGUCGGCGGUGAGGACGAGCGUGUGGUCGAUGGCUCACUCUUGUCCUCCCCAUUCCUCAAGGGAUUCCUGGCAGGCUAUGUGGUGGCCAGAUUGAGGGCAUCAGCAGUGUUGGGCUUUGCGGUGGGCACUUGCACUGGCAUCUAUGCGGCUCAGUCAUACGCUGUACCCAACGUGGAGAAGACGCUGAAGAACUACAUUAGGUCACUACGAAAGGGGCCUGACUAG